GUAGCAUACAAAUGUGGUACAAGCAGGAAGAUAACAAAACACCGAAGCUACCAUGCCACUUGGGUUAUCUGAUAAAUGAAGUUUAGUGAUUUUUUAAUAUUCGCAGAGUGAGCAAGCAAUUUUCGGCAUUGAUGAGAAAGGGCCACACAUUUUUCGAAAAUUUUAUUUCAAUACCACAAAAGAACAGUCGGAGAAGAAAAAUUCAAACUUGCAAUGGUAUUUAAUAUACGGAAGCUGUAUGUAAUUCAAAUUGUCUGCACCGUUCAUUUUGUUGCAACGGUGCGUGGCAAAAACUAUCGAGAAUGCCUUGGCAUUGAUAAAGUACAAAAAUAUGUUGCCAGCCGGGACAAUUGUGCGAAAUACAUUUAUUGUGACGGCAACAAUUCCUUCGAAGGUGAGUGUUUGGAUGACAACUAUUUCAAUGAGAAAGAAGGUAAAUGCGAUGAUCGUGCAGCGGUUGUAUGUAGAGUGGGUCAGCAGUUGAUGGUGGACGAUAGUGGUGGCGCAGCGCAAAGUAACCAGCUCAGCUCGCAAUGGAAUUACGGCAGUCAAAUCAAUAACAUCGGCGGUCCUUUGGAUGGUUGGCGUCUCGAUGGCACUUACUAUAAUACGAACAUCGGCAGUGGUCAGCAGAAUGUGCUAAGCAAUUGGAAUGUUAUUGUGAGUCAAAUGUCCACACAGCUGCAGCCAAAACAAGAACAAUUAGAUCUUACACAACUUGGCAUGGGUGGUGUUGUUGGCAAUGAAGUUGUAGCGGGUGUGGCACAAAAUGCCAUUGAUAUGGGUUACACUGGCACCACAACAGCAGUCGCCGAGCCGCCAUUGUGUCCGAUACGCUAUGGGCUGCCUAAUGUUUUCUACCUGCCGAACCGGCAGUCGUGCUCAGCUUAUUAUGCAUGUUAUAACGGUAUAGCCAUACCGAUGGUUUGUCCACGCCAAAGUUAUUUCAACCUGGAGAUGGCGCGGUGUGAACAACAAAACAAUAUAUACUGUCCGUAUGAUCGUCCAGUGCGCUUGAUUUGUAAUCGUGGCGUUUACGAUUAUAUACCAAAUCCGCGAAAAUGUGGUUACUACUAUUUCUGCUCCAACGGCUAUUUGAUGAUUUUCCAGUGUCCGAAUCAUUAUUUAUGGCAUUACGAGCGACGCACUUGUGUACAUCAUUCGGAAGCAAAGUGUUUUUCCAGCGCCAUUGCAGAAACGAUGCUCAGUCGAAUGUCGUAAACAAAUUAAAUAUGUAAUUAAUAAAUA